AUGGCCGUGCCUUCCCCCGAGUCCUUUCAGAUCAUCUCGUCUCUUCGAUACGACCCAGCCCUUCCUGAUCUGGCCUCAAAACGUUCGAAUGGCUAUCCCGAACCUCUGCGCUCCCCAUACUACCUUCUGGCCUACCACCAAGAUCGGCUUAUAACCGCGGCGCGCUUUUUCCAAUGGAAUAAAGCUCUGGACUGGCUACAGCAAGACUUGAGCUGUCUUGAAACUUUUCUCGAUGCCUCAAUUCCCGACAGACAACAGCCAUGGCGGCUCAGGAUUGUAGUAGAUUGUAAUGGCAAGGGCUUGGUCGAUGUUCACCCGACACCAGCUAUUGAUCCCCUCAAUCUCCUGGUUCCUUCGGUGCGUCCACCGACAGAGUCGACUAUUUGGCGCGUGUAUGUUGAUCCACAGUCAACCAAUCCCUCCGGGUUCACUACCCACAAGACCACGGCUCGGGAGGACUAUACAGCUGCUCGGUUACGGGCGGGAAUCAAUUCCCCGGCGGAGACAGCGGAGGUCUUGGUAGUCAAUCAUGCUGGCGAGAUUAUGGAAGGAAGCAUUACAACGCCGUACUUUCGGACCCGGGGAACAUCUGGUCAAGCUUGGUUCACACCGCCGUUGAGCAGCGGUGGUAAUGACGGCACCACCCGGAGAUAUGCAUUGACUCAAGGGUUCUGCACGGAACGGAAACUUGUCAGGGCGGAGCUGGUCGAUGGUGAAGAAUGCUGGUUGAGUAAUGGGGUUCGGGGAUUCCUUCCUGGCGUAGUUGUGUUGAACCGCUCGCCCUGGUGA